CUAAACAUACAUGGAUUAAUAAUAUAUGUGUGUUGUAAAACAGUUUAGAUUUUUUUUAUUAUCUGUGAUUUUUAGUUUAUUUCUUUAGCUUCAGUUAUUAAUAUCUAUAACAAGGUUAAUUUGGAAUCCUCAAUUUACACCACUAUGUAUAUCCUUGAAGAUUUAUGACCAAGACGUGACUUUAAAGCAGGGACUCUCAAGACUAAGUCUUGUCGAGGCAAGAAUUAAUGUCCUGGACAAUAUGUGGAGUGAUCUCAUGAACUGUAAAUAGUGCACCCUACGAUUUGUGUAUAUAUUAUUGUGGACCGUUUGACAACGGACAACAACAGAAAGACAUAAAGAUCAACUAGAAGUAUUAAACAGAUCAACUGUACAAUUUAGAUGAAUUAACCGAUCGUCUUCCUUGGAUUCAUGAAAGAUUGUUUUAAACUACCCGACCAACAGCCACGGAGUACAUCUACCGACAGAAUUUGGUAUAAAUAAGGCUUAUGUUGUUCUCAGAUCAGACUGCAGCUUCUUCUGGACCGCUUUAUUAAUCUCAACCAAGUUCGAUAAGCAAGUUCUAAUUACUGGGAUAGCUGGAUAUCAAUGAACACAGUGGAAUACAAGAAUUCAUAGCCGAAUAUAUGUAUAAAACAUACAAGAAUAUAAUGUCGACCCGGUUCCAUUGUUCCCUGUGUUCUAACGUGUAUGCAGCUCCAAGGUUGUUGCCAUGCUUCCACACCUUCUGCGAAAGCUGCCUAUACGAUUUUAUUGGAAAAAACACAAAAAAUGAAUACUUCGGUUGUCCAUCGUGUAAAAAGCAGAUUUUUGUGCCAAAGAAUAUCGCGAAAGACUUCAUGACUAAUUACUAUGUCAUCGCAGACGUGGAGCAGCAUUUGGAUCAAGCUAAUGAUGUCUGUUUAGGGAUCUGUGAAAUUUGUGAUAGUAAAAACGAUGCUGCGUAUACGUGUAAGGACUGCGAACAGAAGAUGUGUGUAAGUUGCUAUUCCGUCCAUUCGUCCAUGCGAGCCACUAAGAACCAUGAAGUAUUGAAGCUGAAGCUAUCUCCACACAAGCUGAUUGUUCAGAGGAAUUGUGAAGAGCACAACGAAGAACUGCACUUCUACUGCAGAAGUUGCUGUAAGGGCAUGUGUGUUCAUUGCAAAGUAGCUCAACACGACGGUCACGCAACCGAACAUGUUGAAGAUGUAACAAUUGAUGGACGCUCCAACUUAAAACGCAUGUCGGAGACAUUAAACGGGCAUGUACGUGAUCUGCGAUGUGAAUUAGAGGCUUUGGCUUACAGGAAACGCUUGGUUCAGAAGAGUUGCGACGAAACGUGCUCGACCAUCAAAAAACAAGCCGAGGAAAUAUGUACAGCUGUAUAUCAGGCCAGAAACCACAAGCUGCACGAGGCAACAUCUUUCAGAGAUGAGCAACUACUAAAGAUUGAAGAGACCGAAAAGGACAUCAAAGAUAGAGAAUUACAGAUGAAUACCAUGUCUGGGUUUGUAACGUCUGUAGCAACAUCUUCAAGCGAUGUGGGUGUCCUUGAGACAUGUGACCUUAUCAAAGAUAAAAUCCAGAAAACGGAAAACUAUAUUUGUCCAAGCGUGGACGUAGAAAGUACUGAGUUUGAAGUGGAACAACCAAUAGAAGCCUCAAUUCAAAAUCUGUUCGGUAGGAUAACAACCUAUCCGACCCUUCGCAUGAGGUUAUCUUAUGGUGCUGCAGAUUAUUUUGAUUCAGGUUCCUUAGAAGAAACAGUUGAUGCCGUCUGUCCCAUUGGAAAUAAUCUGGCAUGGGUUGGUGCUCAUAUUUCUUCCGUGGACAAAUCUUCGGUCACUUUGUUCAAUUCGAAGGGUGAAAUAUUAAAAAUGUUAACUUGUGACCAAAUAGUGAAGUGCUUUGCUUUGCUGGACAAAAGUCUCCACGUGCUUACGAAAGAUGCAUUCCUUAAAUUAAACGAAGACGAAACAGAUCUGGAAUAUUUGGUGGCAGCUUCACUUCCUGUGUUAAUAGCAUCCAAUUCAACAUCAAUGUUUUACUUGUCACGAGACCAUGUUUGUCAAUACGUCACGAAUACGAACGUUAGGCCAAUAGAAACCACGCGGCUUUGUUCGUUGAAGUCUUUGAAAAAUCCUACCAAGAUGGCGGUCGAUGACAAUCAAAACAUUGCUAUUGUCGAUACAACUUUGAAAUCAGUCCUGGUAUUUGAUUUUGACGGUGCUAUUCAAACUAAAUAUUCUAUCAAGUAUCAAGAUUUUCUACCAUUAGAUGUUUGUAUUGACAGAUGGUCUGACGUGCUUGUUGUUGAUGGCGGGAAUGGGGCAAUACAUGAAUUGGCAGCGGACGGCAAGGGGAGAGAAAUCAUGUAUUCUCGAUUCUCUGGGUUAAAGAAUGUGUGUUGUAUUGGCGGCGACGAGGACACCUGGUGGUUCGGGACUACUGAUGGUAAAAUAAUAGUAAAAUAUUUUACAUAAUAAAGAAUACCAUUUGGAAAUUCGAAGGUACGAAGGCCGUGUAGACCUAAUAGCGAUUGUGUUGUUAAGCUUUGUCAAAUUUGGGACAAAAAAGAUGAAAUAAA